AAUCACACACACCCAUUUCUCUGCUUCUCUUCCUCCUCUCCAUUGGGUCCUUUCAACUUUGCCAUUUCUCAUUUCUCAUUCUAUUAAUAUAAAUGGACAAAUUGUUGUGACUUCAAUAUUAUAUAUGAUUAACAGCAAUGGAUGCAGAGUGAGAGACCUCACCAUUCCACCAGCGGCGGGAGCAGUGUAGUAGCAGUAGUGCCACCAGCGAACUCUUCAUCUGCUUCACCUGCCGCCUCUCCUCAUCUUCCAUGAAAAUCUCUUCGAAAUCCAUCCUCAGUCCCGGCCGAAGCAGGGAACCCUCACAAAUCUCGCUUUCUUCCUCGCUCAGCAGACGGCUAAGAAGCAAUGGCAGCAUCAAAGGGGGACAAGCUUCUCCAAUGUUUCCCGCAAUGGGAAAGAAACGGGGAUGUGCUUUGGAGAAUCCAGAACCCUCUUCGCCAAAGGUCACAUGUAUAGGCCAGGUUCGAGUUAAGACUAAGAAACAGGGGAAGAAGAUUAGAGCCAGAUCUAAAAGGAGAGGGGAAGUCAGCUUUAGGAAAAUGGACCGCAACAGCAACGGCGGUGGAACCGCCAUGGCCGCCAGUCCCAGCACCAGCAGUCUUGACAUGUGUAGCCAUCAAGAUUACAACAGGGGUCAUUUUUUACACAGUAGCAGUUAUCAUCACCAGCAAAAUCAGCAACAAGAAUGCAGAAAAUGGGUGCAUUUUCCGGUGACGAUAUGUGAAGCGUUGAGGGCGUUCGGAGCAGAGUUGAACUGCCUCUUACCUUGCAGGUCUUCGUGUAUGGCCAACCAAACAGAGAAAGUAGAGAAGGCCGCGGGAUCUGAUGAGGAGAGUAACAGAAGCGGAAACGGAAGCUCUUGCGGCGCGGUUUUUCCACGUUGGCUCGUGGCGGUGCAGGAAGGGGAGGGGAAGGAGAGGAAUAUAGAGUUGGUGGUCGGAGAAGAAGAUAGAAGAGUGAGUACAGAGAUGAGGAGCCGCCAGAGGAGACAUAUAUUUGAGGAUAUAGAAAUUAACGAGUUCAAGGAUGAGAAAAUGGGUGAAGAGGAGGCAAGAGUCAGUAUUUGUAUUCCGCCCAAAAAUGCAUUGUUGCUGAUGAGAUGUAGAUCUGAUCCUGUGAAAAUGGCUGCCCUCGCAAACCGGUUCUGGGAGUUGCCAGCACCACAGGAUGAAGAGGAAGAAGUCAUAGAUGAGGAUGGAGAGAAGGCGGAGGAAGCGCAUUCGACCAUUGAUGAGGACGAAAUGGAGCAUGAAAUGGGGGAGUUACGUACAAAAUCGCUUUCUUCUGCCGCUGCCGAAGAGCAAGAAAUCCCAGCAGCAGAGGCAGAAGUAGAACCGGAAACAGAGUCUGCUUUGGAUGGAGAAGAAGCAGAGGAGCAAGAAAAUCAAGAAAGGAAUGCAUUAAUUGAUAAUUUGGAAGAACAGAGGAAUAUUGGGUAUCAAGAAAAUCAAGAAAACGAGAUAGAAAAACAACCAGAAUCAGCCGAAGAAUCAUCAUCGGAAAAUCUUGGAGAUCUAGAGAAGGUAGAGUGUAAAGAAAAUGCACCCAUUUCACCGGAAAAUGAAGAUUGUUCUGAAGAAGAAACAGAUCCAGAAGCAGAAUCGGGAAAUAGUAGAGAGGAUACAGAUGAGACGAUAUCAAACGAGCAAGAAUUCUCCGAAAAUGAAGAAAAAGCAGCAGAAGCUCAGGCAAUUGCAGAGGAAACAGAGGAUGAAGAAACCGAGGCCUGUGAAAGAUCCCAACCAGGUUUUCAGGACUUCCGGGAACCCGCCGGAGUUGGGUCAAAUGAGAAGGAAAGUCAACCGAAGUUACUGCCGGAUUGCUUGCUGCUGAUGAUGUGCGAGCCGAAACUAUCCAUGGAGGUAUCCAAGGAGACGUGGGUCUGCAGCACGGACUUCAUCAGAUGGUUACCGGAGAGGCUGCCUGUGCUGCUGCCGGUCAACACGAAAAAAGACUGCGGUGGAGACGAACCCAAGAGGAGAAUCAGCAUCGACUCCAAACCCUCAAAGCAGUUACUGCAGCCACGGAGAUCUUCUUGCUCUUUCCCGGUUGCACCACCCACCGCCGCUGUUGCGGCGGCUGUUCAGGCAUCUAGCGGCGCGUCGAUGGCUACUAUGAUAGAACAGAAGCUCGUCGGGGGUAAAGGGUACGAGCCGUUUGUGCUGACGCGCUGCAAGUCUGAGCCGAUGAGGUCCGCCGCCAAGGUCGGCCCUGAUACUUGCUUCUGGAAGAAUGGAAAGCUCGAGCCGGCUAAGCUUGGAGUCGGCGCGGCUGGGGUUGGCUUUUAACCCUAGUUCAGUGAAAACAAAAUGUUGAUAGGUUAAAAAACGGUGUGGUAAGUUGUAAUUUUGACGUUCAGUUUGUACAGUAGUAAGUAUAAAGUAUCUUUUGUUUUGGAUAUUUGUCUUUAUUUUUAUUUAUUUUCGAUUUUCACCCUUGUAUUAACUACAUUACUAAUUAAAUUUAGCCGUUUCAA